CAUAAGAAUCUGUGACCCAAUUAUAAUUUCGUUCCCCGCUUGCCCCUCCAUUUCUCAUCUCUGAGAAACUCGUGAGGGUUGCUUUGAAAGCAAUCAAAUAUCGAAUCCAUUUCAAAUCCCACAUCGCCCACUUCGGAUUCCGAGGGCCGAUCUUCAAACUUUAGGAUUAUAAAAUGCUGGUGGUCGAACCCAAGGAGGAAACUCGAGCAGUCAAUUCUCGUGGACCCACGAAGGGGUUGUUGACUGAGUUGCUCCAUCAUUUUGUCUAUGAAUUGAAAGUGAUUCAAUUCAUUGCUUCUAUAUGGGUAGUACUAUGCACAAGAAGGUGCUCCACGCUGCCUUUACUUUGCCUGAACCUCUGAAAGGUAUUUGACAUCAUUUCUCUUCUCUUUGGUUUGGGUUCUUUUUGGUUGCUGAUUGCAUUCAUCGCUGCUACUGUGCAUUGCCCCAGCAACCCUUUUGUUUUCCGUUUCAAAAGGUAUGAAGUAAAAGACAUAAUCACCUUGUGAGAACUGAAAGUUACUUGCAGAUGCAACCCUUUUGAAAUACUUCUCAUUAUGCCUUCAAAAGGUUGCAUUUUCUCUUCACUUUAUAUGCAGUUAUCACUGAUACCCAGAACCUUGUGUUUGCUUUAUCAAGCAAGUGGGGUUGCUUGCAGUCUGUCUUUUCCCUGAAAACCAGGGACUAUUCUCUUUUAUUCGUCUUAUAACUAUUGUAUUUUGUUGUAGUUUGGCCUCUACAUGACUGUUCUUCAGACUCAGGCACAUGUAAAAGCAGCCAUGCUCUUGAGCUUUCUAACAUUGAACUCAUAAUCUGACUGCUCUUUGUUCAAUCACCUGAAAGACUUGUUUCAGACUCUCAGUCCUUUCUCUUAUGUAUAUAUGGGAUGCUUUGUGAAGUUAAAAACUAACCUUUAUUUCUCUUGUAAUAGUGUAUUCGAAUGAGAAGAAGCAUAGUCUUAGAUGAUGGAUAAGAAAGAGGUCUCCAAUUCACUAGCAUUCAUCUCGGACGACAAAAUUGACAGUUUAUCGCCUAUGUAUUUCGGUGUUUCGUGCGCAUUCUUUGCGCUUCGACUCUUGGCAACCUCUGAUUGCAAAGAUGAAAAAUGGUCUGAAGUUCGGGAAAAGAUGCUUCAAGGGAGCGCCCAACUCUUGGGAUUGCUAUUAUGGAGCGCUCAGAGAGAGGUGGAUGCUAGGCAAAAGCCUAAUCUUGUUUAUAAGCUAGAGGCUGCUGAGAGGGAGAUAGGAGAGUUGAAAAGAAUCAGACAUGAAGACGCCAAAGCUAAUGAAAAAGUUGUUUGCAUUUUUGCUGCUCAGGAGCAACGGUGGUUGAUUGAAAGGAAGACGCUUCGCCAACACAUUGGAGCUCUAAUGGAUGAUGCAAGGCUUCUCGAAAAGAAGGAAGUUGUUAUUUCUACACUGAAUGAAAAGUUGAAGGAGAUGGAGAUGUCAUUGGAGUCCAAGGAAAAGAAAUUGGAGGAAGAGAUUAAAAGGGGAGCUGACUUGGAAGAAAGACUGUCCAAGGCUGAAAGUGUGGUAGAAGAAUUGAGAGAAACUGCUAAACGUGAGGCCCAAGAGCAUUCCUCUGAGCUCUGGAAGCACAAAACAGCCUUCAUUGAGCUGGUCUCAAACCAAAGGCAGCUUGAAGCUGAGAUGGGGCGAGCAGUUAGGCAAGUUGAGGCAUCAAAAGAAGAGAUUGAUUCAAUUUUAGAGCAAAAGGAGGAGUCCGUAAUGCUGGUACAGAAACUAUCGGGUGAGAUUGUUAAGAUGCGGAAGGAUUUAGAACAGAAAGACAAGAUGUUAUCAGCAAUGCUGAGAAAAUCGAAGAUGGAUGUAGCACAGAAGGCAAUGCUCCUUAAGGAGGUUAAGCUAUCCAAAGCUAGGAGGAAGCAAGCAGAAUUAGAAGCUGGAAGGUGGAAGACAAUUUCAGAAUCAAGACAUGAAAGACAGUCAUUGAGAAGUAUGUUAUCCAAUCAGGUCAAUCCAGGAUAUGAAGUUCCUACAAGUGCUGGGGAAAAGCAUUCAAACACAAACAAUGGGAAGACCAUAUCUACUAAGCCAAAUGAUACUGAUAUCGAUUACUAUCAUCCAGAAUCCAUUGACUCAAAUAAUUUCCCUUUCCUUGCUGAAUGUCUUUCCCCUGAAAGAAAUAAUGAUGACUCAGGGAGAAUGAUUGAUGUGAAGCAGAUGGAAGAGUUGGUAUGCUCCGAGGCAGAGAAGUAUGUACUAAUACUUCAGCAGAGACAUGACCUGGAAAUAGAUGCAUUUGCAGAGCAAAUGGGGGUGAAAGAUGAAAAAUUAGAAGUUUUUCACUGGCAGAUGCUCAACCUGGAGCUUGAGUCAAAACGGCUUCAGUCACAUCUUGCUGCUCAGAAUCAAGAGAUCUUGCAGCUUAGACAUGCGAAUAUGAAACUAAAAGCUCUGUCAAUGGAGAGAGAAAAGGAACUAGCUUCCUUGAAAGCCCAAUUGGCGGCACAGUUUAGGCCUCAAGAGUACCAGCCUACGAAGUGGGAUUUUCCAGAUGAAAACAGUGGCACCUGGUCUGAUGUCAAGAUUAUAAAGAUCAAACCAGGAGAAGAAGAGCAGCAGAGAAAUAAGGAAUGUAAUGGAACAAUAAGGGAGGCAGCUUGUUUGAACGUUGUUGAGGACAGAAAUCCAUUGAUACAAUCUCCAGGUACGGAAUUUGAAGAUGAAAAAGAAAUUGGUUGUCACAGUCCUAUUCAAGAAGCAAGCACAAGCAGUCCACAGGAGGUUGAUAAUGCCGAACCGUUGGCAUCAAUAGGGCAGCAGUUUGGAAGAACUUAUAAUAGUACUCAAUGGAGGAUGGAUAUUCAUGCUCUAGGAGUGUCUUACAAAAUCAAAAGGCUGAAACAGCAGUUUCUUUUGCUGGAGAGGCUCAUCGGAAAACAGGAAACUGCUCGGAAUUCCGAAAAUGAGGAGAAUGGAGAAGUUGGGAUUAGAGAUUUUCUUACGUUUCUGACACUUCUGAAUAAACAAGUGGGCAGAUACAAUUCUCUGCAGGAGAAGACUGAUGAACUCUGCCAAAGGAUGCAUGAUUAUGAGGCGAGUGUAAAAUGUGGAGAGUUCAAAGUUGUGAGAACGAAAGGGAAAUCCAAGGCGCUGGAGAACUUCCUUGAACAGACAUUUCAGCUACAAAGAUAUGUUGUGUUAACGGGACAGAAAUGGAUGGAAAUUCAGGUGAAGAUCAGCGUGGAAUUCGGGAAGGUUGCUGAGGAACUACAUCAAGAGUCGGGUAGCUUUGACAUUAAACGCUUUGCCAGUUCUGUCAAAACUCUGUUCCAAGAAGUGCAAAGAGGUCUAGAAGUCCGAAUAACUCGAAUUAUCGGAGAUCUAGAAGGAACCUUGGCGUGCGAGGGUAUGAAUCGUCUAAGUAGAUAGUCGUGAAACUGCUUCUUGUUCUUACUCAAUAAGAUUGCAUACCCAUGUAUGAUUCUGUGUGUUCUUUCUCUUCACUUGUAUACACAGAUUACUAAGAAUGUAAUGAAUUGAUAUACACUGAUUCAAGAGAAACAGAAAGACCA